AUGACCGAACAAAAGAAGAUGAAAUUCGAGAUCUUCAACAUGGCAGCUGCGAAGUACGAAACACUUUCCGGAGGCUGUACCCGUGAGCUCGCUCGCCACAUGAUCGACAUUGCGCCACCCUUCGAUGGCGACUCAAUCAUUCUCGACAGUGCGUGCGGCACAGGCGUCGUCGCGCAAGAAGUCCUCCUCAAAAACUUUGCCACCGGUAUAGCUCCCGCAAGCAUCAUUUGCGCAGAUACGGCUCCUGCAAUGGUUGACAUGGCUCGCGAUAUCUGUUCUGGGAUGAUUUCUACUUAUGCGGCUGGCAACACUGCCAAAGUCCCGACCGUGACUUGCGACAUCAUGCCCGGAGAAGAACUACGCCAGCCAGAAGACUACUUCACGCACUCCUUCACCAACCAGGGUUUCGCAUUCUACAAUGACGCAGUCAAAGGCGCAUCAGAGAUCUACCGCACACUCAAACCCGGCGGAACGGCAGUCGUCACCACAUGGGCGGAGGGGUUAGGACACGUCCGCGUGGUUCAAGAAGCGCAGAUAUCAUACAAAGCCGACGCUCCGUUGUUUCGCUUUCCUAUUCCAGAUGAAUGGUUCCAAUCAUCUCACCUGGAGAAGGUGUUGCGAAGUGGGGGAUUUCAGGAUGUGGAGGUGCAUGAGCGGAAAGUCUGGUAUGCGAUGAAAACUACCGACGAUAUAACUGAUGUGCUGUUUGAGAUGUUUAAGAAUUUUCCGGUGGGUUGGACGGAUGAAGAGAAUUCUGAGUUCAAGCACUAUUUGGAGACUGCUAUUAAGGACAAGGCUGUUAAGAUUGAACGUGCUGCGCCUGGUGAUGUGGCGGGCGUCACUGAAGAGUUAUAUGGCUUUCCUCUCGUUGGGUUCGUGGCCGUGGCAAAGAAAUGA